GCAAGGUUUUAUAUGAAGUUAUAGUUUCAACUUAUACGGUUAUAGGAUGGCAGUGUUACCGGAGUACAUGUGUACUGGAUAGUUUUGUUUGGGUGGUACAUGUGUAGAAGAUGCAUCAAAUUUGUGUUUUCUCCUUCAUUUGUGGCUAGCACUGGACUGAAAGUCUAAGUAAUAGCUAAACAUAAAUCACUGUAUUUAACAUGAAAUAUUUGCUGUGUGUGUGAGGAUAGAGAAUUCCACCGUUUAAAACGGUUUUGGAAAUGUAGUUAUUCUCAGCAUUUGAUCAGUGACAGUUAUCUGUGAGGCAGAUUAGUUUCAAUAUCUCCGAAAGUUGGUAAGAAUACUUUGCAUGAUUACAUCGCGUAAACCCAAAGAAUCAUGUCUUGGAUAGACGUAAUCCCAGCACAAGAUGCCAAUGGGACAAACUCCAAGAACUUCACCAUUGAUGUCACAGUGAAAGGAUGUUUUGGUGAAUAUGACACAGUUGCAUGUGUGAGGAGUGGAAUACUUGCAGCAUUAGAUUUCAUUACUCUUGUCCUUUGCAUUCAUCGUGUUGUUCGACUUCAUGUGCUCCAUCAUCCACAAGUUCAUCAGUAUCUGAUUUUUUACUUUGCCACUGUGGAAGUUUCUUUUCUAGGACCGAAAUGGAUGAUCUCUAUUCACGACUUUCCAUGGUUAGAAUUUGGAGCAAUUUAUAUAAAAAUGAUUCAGUUUAUUCUCAUCUGCCACUUCCACUGGUCUCUAGCAACAAGAAUUCUUCAUAAAGAAAAACUUAUUAAGAUUGUGAUCUUGCCUCUUCUUGGAUUGUUCUUUGCUUAUUUUACUAUUGUGGCUGUCCUGGCUGUCAUCAGUACUGAUAAACCUAGGAUAGAAUGUUUAGAACCUUAUUGGUUGAUGUUGUCAGCUGCAGAGUUCUUAUUUGUCCAGCUGUUUAUGACUGCUGGAGUGUAUAUCACUCAAAAGAUUAAUGCAGUAUCUUCGAUGGAUUCCUUCAAACGAGAACAGAAGAGAGAUUUAUGGAGUGUUAUUGUAGCAUAUGAAUUCUCAGCUCUUGUAGCUCUCUCCUAUGACACAGCUGUACAAAUUGUGGGAAAUCAAGACUCAGGAUGCAGUGGAAUAUAUGGUCACACACAGUCCAUAUAUUCUCCAGUGUUUGCUUUCCUGAUGGUCAUCAAAUAUCUCUUACCAAUAUGGGUGAUGAUCCUCGUAUUUCAUCCUGUACGUGGUUGGUCAUCAGAUGAUGAUGACAGGCUGUUAGGAAUCUCUGGAGAUGGGUCUACAACCUCAACGUUUAACUCCAGCAAUAGAGGGCACCUCAUCUACCAGCAGUUGAGGUUCCCUGGGAGUGAAAGUGACCCAAUAAGCCCACCUUAUGUUUCAACUGUAACAGGAAUGCGAAGAUCUGCAUCAACACCAGCAUUCUUGUCCAAUGUACAUCACCGAGCUACACUGACUCCAAUAACUGAAGAAGAAGCUGUUUCUCAGAACACUUCUCUACCAUCAUCAUCAGCACCGAAUGCAGAUAUACAGACAGACAUUAAGGUUAGCAAUGUGGAAGGUGUUUUAUCACCAUCUCAAUACAAGACCGUUUGCAGACAAAAUAGAUUUGCUGAUAAUCGCAGAAAGACAUACCUUGGUAGCACAGGCCAGCUUGUAGAUGCAACAAAAGGUGGUUUCUACAGAGACCUGAAUGAUGCUAUUGCAUGAAUUUUAGUAAAAUUUCACUGGUACAGAACUGUAGCACAUUACCAAUAGUAAUUCAAUAGUGUUGGUGUUAAGAAUGUUAAAAAAAGGUAUGUAGUAGUAUUUGUUAUGACUGUUAAUACAUGUUGAAUAGUGAAAUUCUGUGGAAAUAAAUAAAAAUAUCAAAAUAUACCUGCCAUAAAUUUCCACUUGAGCAAAAGCUCUUAGUGAUAACAUUUUGGUAAAUGGACUUACCCUAAAUGUAAUUGCUUAAGAAAGAUUCUCAUUACAUAACAUUUUCACAAAUUAAUCUAAAGGUAACUGCUUCAAAGUGAUGUUAGAAGUAGUUUUUUUGUUUGACAGGAUGGAGAUUAUGUGAACUAGAAUCAAACUUGACAUAAUAUUGUCAGCUAAACUAAAGUUCUAUGGGAAAACUUGUACAUUUUCUAAAUUUGUUUUAUGCUUUUUUUGAACUUUAAAGACAACUUCUUGUAUAAGAAAUAGGAAGUAAGUGAUGUGUUUUCAUUAGCUCUCUGAAGUUACAUUUCUCAUCCUAUGUUCUGAAAUUUCUUCAACGUACAGUAUGUUCUUCUGAAAUUUUUUUCAUUAUCAAUGGCACACAGUGAUUUAUCAUAAUCAAUUUAAUCAUUUGUUAUAACACAUUUAAUUCAAAAAGUUUUGUUUUUUUAAUUCUUAGUAUAUUCAUGGGAUUGAGAUCACUACAGUAAGAUUAAGGGUGUCCAACACACUCUUCUGGCUUAUAGAAAAGAAGUACAGUUUAUAGACCAGGAAGCUGUGGUUGAUACUCAUUUACAUAUAGAGAGAAAACCCAUUUUUUUAUUCCUGUAGCAACUGACUGUUAAUUUCAAAUUGUUUAACAAGUUGCACUUUGCCCUUUUUGAUUCCUUUUUUUAUAAUAAAGACUCGGCAUGAUUAGGUAGAAAUCAUAUAAAUGUGUUGUAUCAUCAAUAAAUAAGACUAAAAAGGAUUACAAGAAAACUUCAUUUCAAAACUUUAAACAAGUUAUCUUUUGUCCUUUUGUAAAGAGUAUCAGUUUAUUUCAGUUUAUUCAUCAUGAAAUUGUAUUAUUUAUAUUAACAUAGAAUCUCCAUAAAUAUCAGUUAGUAAGACUUUACAAUAUGGUCACUUUCAGAAGAUAGUUCAAGGCUGUACCUUACAUUAUAUAUUGAGAGGCAGUACACAAGGAUCUAAAUUAUUGUUUUAGUUGGAAAAAAGCUGUAUUCUUCUUGUUUUACAGAAGAGUAACAAGUUGUAUCACAUUGGUCUAAUGGUGAAGUAUAUCUUUAAGUGUAUGUAUACCUUAUAUAUUGCAAGAGUUGGUAACAACUUCAACAUUUUUAUCUAAGUGGUUCUUUUUUUUCAAAGAAAAAAUUUAACCAAGUUUCUAUGGUUUUGUUAUAAAAUAUUUUAACAGGUCCUGUUUCAUGUAUUAGAUAAAUAUAGCAAAACAUGAAAUUAAGGAUAAUAUCUGUAUUUAAGUAAGUGUUUUGUACAGUAAAAGUGUAAUGCAAUAUCAGAGAUCACUUGUAUAAAUUAUUUACUCUUAAAUCUGACAGAUAUUACUAAUGUACAUAUAUGUGUUGUGUUUUUUUGAGCUGUAUAAAGUCUGUAAUGGAGUCAUGAAAUAUUUACAAGUAAACUGUCUUGAGAGUGCUUCAUACUAUCUUAGUUAUUUUUUUGUGAAAUUUAAAAAGUAAUUUUUUUUUUAGUUUCACGUACACAUUAAGCAUGUUUAACAUGGACAUCCUUUAAUGUUGUAGUUAUUCAGUUUACAUGUUAUUUGUUUAAGGUGUGGUACAUUAAAAAUUAUGGAUUCGUGCUAAAGAAAUUAUUGUAUGUAUAAAGGAAGCUUAUUAUAAACUUGUGUAUUUUACAGAUACUUAGUUCUAACAGCAUAUUUUUAAUUAUAAAACCUGAAACCUCAUAAGUAUUAUCAUACCAGUACAGUUGGCAGAAUAACAGAAACGUCAUUGAAUUUUUUAAAAAUAAUAGGUACCUAUUUUUACAUUUCUGUUGUAAAAAAACAGUAUAUGUGUGUAUAUCAGAACAAAAUAUGGUGAAUGUUUAAAACAUCCACACUGAGUUAAGCCGAUGUUGAGUGUGCAGCAUUCACAUUUUCAUAUUUGUUACUUACAAACUCAACAUUUUUAAGUGAAAGUAAUCAGCUUAUGAUUUUGUUCAGAUAUUCUAAGAUCCAAAAAGAGGAAGUUAGGAUUAACAAUAAAUAUGUAUAUAUUUCCAGUUCUGUAAUAUUUCAAGCAUGUAUAAAAAUAGUAAUUAUGAAUGUGCAUGUGUGUAAUUACACAUUAUGAUCUUACAAACUUAUCUUUUAGUUUUCCAUGCAACUGUUCCAGUUGGUAUUCAUUAACAGGGAGUAACUGUUAGUGGUAUCAGAUAUUGAAUGAAAUAUUGGCCACGUUUUUUCAGCUUUUCCAUCUGUUGAUGUAUUUUUUUAUAUCAAGUUACUAAUAAUUGAACUUCUGAACCAGGGUAGGAAUAGUUGUUCACACGUGUAAAAUCUGAAAGCCACUGGCUGCAAUCCCAUUUUAUAAUAACUUUUAUUACAGAAUUCCAUUCUGUUAAAUCUUAGCUUAUAAGUGACUCCCAAAGUAUUGUUAACAUCCCAUGUUAGAAGUUAGGGAUGAAAAGGCAUUCAAAUACCAUAGUUAUUAAGGGUGUUUGAACUUAAGAAACACAUUCAUACAGUUUUCAGAUAAUAAUAAAAUAUCUUUUAAUAAACUAAUUAGUAUUUUUUCAACUGUGAAAAAUAUAGCAGAUGUGUCAGAGAUAAUCCCAAAAGAACCUAAUGAUAAGUGUGAGGUAUCUGAAAAAAAAACUAUUCCUGCCCUUUUCAGAAGUAAGUAGGACACUUUGCAUACUUGCUGUCAUGAAACCAGUUUUCUGUCAGAGUUAUUCAAAUAAAUUUAUGAACAAAUAUUUCAACAACCAAAAUAUCAGAAUUUCUCAGGAAUUGCAUAUUUACUUGUGGCUAAAGAAUCUUGUUAUUGUGAAGUUUUGAUUACUUAAAAUGAAAUAAUUCAUUUACAAAAGAAGUGGACUUUCAUACCUACAAUUCAUACAGUUUGUCAGAUUUACCUGCAUAAUAUUCCAUAUGCAUAUUGUACAAAGUUCUUUACUUGUUCUUUGUAGGUUCCAAAAUGCCUUAGAAACUCAAACUUUUUCCUGAAAAAAAUAUUUAAGGUUUAGUAAAAAGAGUUUUUGGUCAGGCUUAAUUUUACUUCAUUUAUCAGCACAAUCACUGACCAGUACUCAUCAAGGCAGACAGAGCACUAUCAAUGCAAAAUCAAUCGCCAAUCAUUUUGGACAGUUGUGUGAUCUCUCAUUAAAAACUUUUUUCUGCAUAUACAAGAGUUAGCAACAACUUUUAUACAAAGCAUAUUACACAAUUCUAGAGUUACCAGCUUGGAUAUUUAAUCAAACCUAAAGAUAGCCAAAAACAAAAUUAAUAAACAAACCUUGCUUUUAUUUUCUUACCAAGUCAUUGUAAUGGUGGCAAUUCCUCAGAAUGCUUAACUCAAAGUGUUUUCCAUAAUACUUUUCAUAUAAAGCAUAAGAAAAUACAAGAUGGACCCUUUAAAGAUAGUAAAAAGCACAUAAUGUGAUAUAUGAAAAUAAAGGUAAAAGGUUUAACUUUAAAAAUGUGCAGGAAAAUAAAAUAUAUGUUUAAAGGUUUUCAAUUUAAUAAUAACAUGAUAGAAAUAAAAAUUACAUACAUUUGCAGUUUUUAACCAGAUUAAUAUUGCUUAUAUUUAUUGUGUAACUUCCCAUUUCAUAUAAAAGAAUUUAGUCAGGCUCAGAAUCCUCACAAAAACCUGUUUAUUACUUUUUUAAUUAAGUGUAAAUAUAUUAUUUUAAUCUUAAAAUUAGUUAUUUAUAAUACUAGAUCUGGCAAAGCAUGAAACCUUUAAAUUAAGAAUGUUGUGAAACAUUACAAUAAGACUUUUAUAAAUUAUUCUUAUGACCAUCAUUGCUAGUUAGGCCCUUCUUGAUAAAAUAUUUUGCCUCAUGUCACCUCUUCAGAAUUAAUGAAGAAACGUUUGUUCUAUGUUUAUUCAGUUAAAAACUUGUAUAUCUUUUCAUUUAAUUAGGAUCAUUCAUAAACUCUGACAAAUCAAAGAUAAGUUAAUUCAUUUAUAGUUUUGAUAACUGUCACCUUUACCAUUCAGUAUUUCUGUACUUUAUUGAAAACUUUACAUAAGAUCAAUGCAUCACAAUAAAUUUGAUUAUAAUUUUCAGCAAAUCUUUGUUUACUGCCAGAAAGAUUUUUGAAAAAUUAAUGUCAUCCUUAUUAUGACAUCACUCUACCUACUAAUCCAGAGAUCAAGCUUCACUGGCAUAUAACAUUAUGUACCAUAAUAAUUUAUAUCUUCUAAAUGCUUGACAUAAAUAUCAUUUCGAACAAAACUGCAUGUCCCAAUGACUUGCUGAGAUCUCGUAAUGACUAAAAGGCCUUGUUAGCACACAGCACAUGGGGUGUGCAGUGAAGAUACUAAUAUUCUUUCAAAUUGGAAAUCUAUAUAGGACAUGUAAAGAAAGAUUGUUAUAAAUUAUUAGGAAUUCUAUUGUGAUGUUAUGUCACACAAACAACUAAUAUACAGAUCACUCUUAUAAGGACGAAAGUCAGGAAAUAUCAUUACUUGUAUUAAACUUCUUGGCAAUUAAAAACAUUCUCCCC